AUGCGGUGUCGCAAUCAGUCGCCAAUUUUCCGAUUGUCGUUAAACUUGGCGGCUACCGAUGCCGUCAAUAGCUUGAUAGUGGGAACCGGCCUAUUUGUCAACUCCUAUUUGCCCCGUGUGUUCAACGUGUCCAUCAGCAACAACUGUACAAUACUGGUGUUGGAAAUAUUUCGGUUGUCAUCGUUGGUCGCAUCGGCACUGCAUCUGUUAGCUAUGGCUUUCAUCUACUACAGAGGUGUUACCAAACCAUUGCAUUACAGGUUUACUAUAUUUUGUUCAACACAUCUCAAGCGUAGUCUAUAUUUGGUAUCAUUAAUGUGUUGGACAAUACCUGUCCUAAUAUUUAGUCUAUAUUUUUUCAGUAUCCCGUGUCAAGCUUUUCAAUCGGCAAACUGUGACUACAUUUUUAUGCUAUCGUUUCGCUUGAGGACAACAGUGACCGUAAUUUUUUUGGCACCACUGCUGGUAAUGUCUGUCCUGUAUUGGCGUAUAUUUUCAAUCAUACAUUGCCGCCGCCGUCGGGCCGCCGGUUCAACUACUACUACUACUACGACCUCAGUGACGACCAACAGUAUCGGUGCAGUCAUUAAUCGUAACGUUUUGCUAGAUAUCGGCUGCAGUGCUGAUGUCGACGACCAGAUUGUUAGCCGAAAAUCCCUACAUAUAGUCAAAAGCCGACAAACACUAGCCAUUAGGCGAUCGCCAAAUCGGUCGCUAAGUGGUCAUCGGCGCCGAUAUUCAAGCAAAACAGUAGUCACAACACUGUCUAUAUUAGGUACUUAUGUUAUAUGUUGGAUGCCGGGAGUUGCCUAUCUGGCCCUGACCUGUCUGGACGGUUGUCCAUUUCCGCUACUAUCGCUGGCCGACGACACCCGUAUACUAAUUGGCUUUACUGUCAAUGCAUUGAUUAUAUUUAAGGCAAUUAUCGACCCAUUUAUCUAUUCAUUUCGUAUGAACGAAAUUACUGCACUAUAUCGCAGAAAUCUUUAA